AUGGGCAUCACUAGAGAUACCAUGAAAGGAUCCGGGACGAUGCGGACGACCACUGCGAUACCCGCUGAGGCACAUGCGCAUACCCACACUACGGAACUUGAACAAGAGAGAUGGCCCAAGAUGUGUGGUCGGGUCCAGCGGCGGGGGCAGUCACCUCUCUCUAUAUGGCGAGCACCUGCUUUUCGUUUCCUCGGUCCAUGGCGAGCAAUACGAGAUGCAAAUGCUCUUCAGAACGGCGGCGAGCUGCUUACUCUGGACGAAAACGAAAUCAUUAGACUGCUCAGUAUUCUACUCUUUAUGAUUAGUUCUGUCCUUCCAGGUGCUCAUGCAAACCAGAAUGUGACUGUGGACGAUCAGGAUCCGUCGAUCUCGUAUUCUCCUCAAGGAGCUUGGGGACUCUCUGCGAACAGCUCGCUGGACAUUGGCGGUGCUCACAUGCUGACGCAGAAUCCAAACGGAACUGCAGUGUUCAGGUUUACCGGUAUCGCUGUGUAUUACCUUUCCCCACUGUGGCCGUACACAGUAAACACCGCCGUCUCUCUCGACUCAGGAAACGCGACGCUUGUCGAUCUAGUGGACCACUCUCGCCCAACGAGCCCCGAUCAAGGUCCGGAGACGGUGCAAUCGCGCGUUGUAUGGAGCGCGACGGGGCUGAAGAACGGUCCGCAUGAGCUAACAAUGUUCGUUGGCGCCGGACAACCAUUCGCUGUGGUCGAUGCUCUGAUCUAUACCAACACAGAUCCAGCGACGCCUUCAUCCGCGUCGGGACUGCCCUCAACUACAGAUCGCGUUAUCGCCUCAUCGACUUCUUCCCCUAACUCUGGCUCGUCCAAGUCGAAAAAUGUAGUUCCCGUCGUGUUGGGUACUAUAUUUGGUAUUCUGGGCCUCUUGCUCCUCCUGUUAGCAGUGUGGUUCUAUUUCAGGAAUAAAAGAAAGAAACGGCCCAUUUCGGAAUGGACCGUCGAUGGGACAGCAUAUAGUGGUGCAGGGGGAGACAGUGGUCCUAACGGGCGUUACGUCUACCCGACUCCUUCACACCCACAAGGAAAAGCAGGGUAUGAUUUAAGCCAUUCAGGGGGAUACUACAGAAAUGGAUAUGGAUAUGAAAACGGAAACGGAAAUGGAAACGGACAUGGACAUGGAUAUCCAAUGGAACAGACACAACAGGGGACAUUCCAGAACACGCGGUACGCGCACGUAGGCAUGCCCGCACCAUCGAUCCCUGCUCACGAUAUCGGCAUGACCAUGUCUCCGGGAAGAUACAAGCCUGGAGACGCCCUUUCGACGAUCACUGAGAAGUCGACGCCGAGCAGGAUGGGGGACGGCGGCGCGCGCACCCCGGUUGGCGUGGGUGCAUAUUCACCCGCGUCGGUGAUGACUAGCGGGUCGGCACUACCUGGACCACCAACUGAUAUGGGCGAGUACUAUGCGGCGUCGCCAUCGAUGGGAUCCACUGCUGUUAUGAGCUUGGGUGAAUAUGGUGCCGAUCCUGCUGGUCAGGGGGCUUGGGAUGGGGAUGCUGCAAAUUAUCGAAGAGGCGAGCAGAGGCCGGCCCCACGACAUUACAAGAAGCCUGUUGGAAACUAUCUAUGA